AUGUUGGCCGUCCACGUCUACGAGGGCCGGAAGUGGCUUGGCUGGUACAACACCCCCGGUAGCUACGAGAUUGCGAAGCGGUGCGGACAGCUGUCCCGUUCGCGCUUCUGGGACGGGCUGUACCCUGGACCCAACCUGACACCCGCGAGGGGCUCCCGGUAUCGAUGCGUCCAAUCGGGCACGAUUAUGGUGAAGACGGGCCACAUCGCCAGCAUCUUCCAGCAGCACUGCGAUCAAUUGAAGCCUCAGGAGUGGGGCGCCGAGGCAUUCCGUAUCACGUCCAAGACGACCCUGGUGGCCAUCAUCCCCAUCUUCGCCUCCGUCGUCACUUGCGUAGCGUGCGCGCUGCACGAGGACUGGAUUUGCUUCGCGAUGAUCCUCGCAGGGAUCCUCGCCAACGGUCUCUCUUGCUACUGGAUCGGUUCCGGAACGCUCACCUUCACGCGGCCCGAGCCCGCGGGAGGCGCGCUCCCCGUGCACGGCAUCCUGAAUGACGGCGAGCAGAUCAUCAUCCUCAAAGGUCCCGAGGGCGCGGUCAACGUGGUCACCCGCGGCGCGUUCUCGCUCGACUACGGCUGCGACGAGAGAUACCACCGGAUCGGGGUGUGCGCGCUCCUCCUCAUGACGCAGUUCCUCGCCCAGCUGCUGCUGCUCCCACAAGGGACGCACUUUGGCCAGAUUAUGUUCCUCACGUCCCUCGCGGUCUCAUGGCUGCACAACAUCUACCUCUCCGCCGAGUUGUCACUCAACCGCGACAGCAUGAAACGCCAUAUCCUUAUGAAGAAGAUCCUGCAGGACCCACACAUAGUCAAGUACACGCUCGGAACCCCUGCAGCCAUGGCCGUCUUCACCCUCCUUGGCCACUCCGACUCGGGCGCGGAACGGGACGAGGCUGACAAGGAGUCGCUCCGGAGCCUGUUCGACGAGCUCCUCCCGAACAACACGCCCACGUGGCAGGAGUGGAAGGACGAGACGCUUCGCAAGGUGCUCGAGCGCCACCGCGGCGCACUGUCCAUCUCCCAGCUCGGGGUGGAGGCGGUUGGGCAGCCGUACACGCCGGAGCAGCCCCUAGCCCUGCUCAACACCUUGAACUGGGACGUGGGCGCAGCGUUCUGUGCGUACGGGUCCCUGUGCCAGAGCCUCGUCAAGGAGGUGUGGGGACGCCACAACAGCGAGGACACGUCGAAACCUACCCACCCUAUGCACGACCAUCAUCUGAGUGACCUCAUGAGGCGCCGCAAAUACUCAGUUGUGCAGGAGGUGGAGGUUGGUGACUUCAUCCCCUCCAGCAGUGGCAUGAUACCGCUAGGGGGUGGUGGGGUCCUCCGCUAG